GCCGGGCCCUUCGUGAGGGGAGGCGGCGGCGGCGGCAACAACCCGGAACUGCCGGCGGUGCGGAGCCGCCGCGGGAGCCAUGCCGCCGCCCAAGGACGUGGUGAAGAUCGCCAUCCAGAUGGUGGGAGCCAUCCCGCAACUCAUCGAGCUCCAGCAGACCAAGCCGCUCGCCUCAGUGCUCAAGGACGUCUGUGAUGCGUGGAGCCUGCCCAACGCCGAGCGCUACGCCCUGCAGUACGCGGACGGGCGGCAGACCUACAUCACCGAGUCGAACCGCAGGGACAUUAAGAACGGGAGCAUUUUACGGCUGACCACUUCCCCGGACCAAGAAGCAGAGCAGUUGUAUAUCGGGAUCCAGAGCAAGAAUGUGGAUGUGAAGACUGACUCACUGAAGAAGCUUGCAAGCCUCUCCCAGGAUGUUACCUUUGCUCAAGAGUUCAUCAGCAGGAAUGGCUUGAAGCAAAUCUACUCUAUUGUAGAAGAAGGGAAUGAUACAGGGGAGAUGCUGGCUCAUACCCUCAAAGCCUUCACAGAGCUGAUGGAGCAUGAUUUUGUUUCCUGGGAAAAUCUUAGUACAGUCUUCAUCAAGAAAAUAGUGAGUUAUGUCAACAUGAAUGCAGUGGAUGCAUCUAUCCAGCAGCUCUCCUUGUCUAUCUUGGAGAAUAUGGUGCCUACCAGUCGCCUCCUCUACGAGGUGGUCAAAAAAGAAGUGACAUUGGACCGACUUCUCACCCACCUGCAGGUGACAAAUGCCCAGCUGCAGCUGAAGGCCAUGGCUCUGCUCAUUGCGCUGCUGCUGAGCGCCACCAACGCCGAGCGGCGGGACAUGAUGGACUACCUGAGGGAGAAGAACAUCAGGCAGUUUAUCCACAAGAACAUUAUCCACAGCUCUGAGCCGCUGGGGGAUGAGAUGGCCCAUUAUCUUUACGUGCUGCAGUCUGUCAGCCUCAACUUGUGCGAGCAUCGCAUGAAAAUGUCCAUGGAUCCCUACUCACAGGAGCAGCGGGAUCUCCUCCAGUCCCUGCGCCAAACUGCUUUUGAGUCAGAGAGCGAGGCGCCUGCUGGCACCUUCAGCACCGAGCGCCGGCGAUCCCUGUGCGCCAAGGAAUUCCGCAAGCUGGGCUUCUUGAACAACAGCAACCCAGCAGAGGAUCUCCGCCGUGCCCCACCAGGACUCCUUGCUCUGGACAACAUGGUGUAUUUCUCCAGGAACACCCCGAAUGCCUACAGCAGGUUCAUCCUCGAGAACAGCAGCCGGGAAGACAAACACGAAUGUCCCUUUGCUCGAAGCAGCAUCCAGCUCACCCUGAUCCUCUGUGAGAUCCUGCACAUUGGAGAGCCAUGCUCGGAGACGGCUCAGGCCUUUUACCCUAUGUUCUUCGGGCAGGAUCAUUUCUUUGAAGAGCUGUUCUGCAUCUGCAUCCAACUGGUGAACAAGACCUGGAAGGAGAUGAGAGCAACCCAGGAGGACUUUGACAAGGUGAUGCAGGUGGUGCGGGAGCAGAUCACCAGGACCCUGUCCCUCAAGCCCACGUCCCUGGAGCUGUUCAAGACCAGAGUGAACUCACUGAACUACAGUGAGAUCUUGAAGCUGCGGCAGACGGAGCGGCUGCACCAGGAGGAGACGCUGGCUGUGCCUGUGCUGGAGCUGCGGGAGAAGCUGAAGCCGGAGCUGCUGGAGCUGAUCCGACAGCAGCGCCUGCUGCACCUCUGCGAGGGAACCCUCUUCCGCAAGAUCAGCAGCCGCCGCAGGCAGGACAAGCUGUGGUACUGCCGCCUGUCCCCCAACCACAAGGUGCUGCACUAUGGGGAUGUGGAGGAGGGGGUGCAGUCUCCCCCCAUCGAGAGCCUGACAGAGAAAAUUCCUGUGGCAGACAUGAAGAUGCUGCUGGUGGGGAAGGAGUGUCCACACACAAAGGAGAAGAGCUCUGGGAAGCAGAACAAGGAUGUCCUGGAGCUGGCCUUCUCUAUUGUGCACGAUGUGGAGGAAUACUGCCUCAACUUCAUUGCCCCCACCCGGUACGAGUUCUGCCUCUGGACAGAUGGGCUGAAUGUGCUUCUGGGCAAGGAGAUGACAAGUGAGCGGACACAGACAGAUCUCGAUGUCCUGCUGUCCAUGGAGCUCAAGCUGCGGCUUCUGGACCUGGAGAACAUCAGCAUUCCUGACAACCCCCCUCCCAUCCCAAAGCCUCCCAGUAACUUAAACUUCUGCUAUGACUUUAGCCAUGCAGAGCAGUGAGUUCCUCCCAGUGCCUGUCCCCACCCUCGAUGCCCCUCAAAAUAAA